UACAGAGUAGAAAUCAAUACAAAAAUAUAUUGGAGCUCUGCCUCCUUCUUCCUUCCUUCCCUCUCUUCCAUGUGUAAGAGUUAAGGUUGAGCUAGGGUUAAGAUUUGGGUUCUAUCAGAGAAAGACAGAGAGAGAUCUCCUCUUUCAUUCUGCAUUGCCCACUUUGUAGUGGACGAGGUAAUCUCACCAGUUAUUUAUCAAAUACCCAUAAUUCAGAUUUCGCAGAUUUUCUCAUUGACGCUUUGAAUCCACUCUCUUUUACCCUUUUGAUCGAUAUCCACGAAAUAAAAAUUGAAAUUGUAAAGUGGGUCGAUUCUCUUUUCUUUUUUCUUUUUCUUCAAGUUUUGAAUUUUUGCCCUUAAUUUUUGUUUGAGGAGUGGGAUUAGGGUUUUUGGUAGUGGGUGUUUCCUUUCUUGGUGGGUUUUUUAGGCUUUUGUUGGAUCGCAACUGGGUACUGCUCCAAUUCUGCAGUUUUGGACCAAUUAGGGUUUGAUCAGUGCAAGGAACUGAGUAGUAUUGGGAUCAUCGCGGCCCUGCAUCGAAUGAGCAUAAGCUCCGAUCUUUCGGGGAAUGGAAUUGUGGAUUUGGCAGUGCUGGGUGAGUACAUAAACUCUGAGAUUGCAUAGAAUUAUGGAAAGUGUUGUUUUUCUAAGCAUGGAAGAAGAUUGCACAUAUUGAAUUGGGUACAGGAGUGAUCAGAGACUUGCCGAAUCGUUAUUUUGGAGCAAAGGGCUUCUGGGUUUUUGCUGCUUUUACAUGCUUGAUCUUCAGCUGGGAAUCAAUUUCGUUUUGGUAUUUGGUAAUAAGGGGUAGCUGAUAUAUUGGAUAUAUUGUAUUGGCCCAUAAGGCAACACAGACGAUUAGGUUGUGGUGGACUGUUUUUUGUUUCUCAAAAAACCAUUCUGGUUAACUUAGUUUGAACAACAUUCUUGGCAGAAAAGCUUUUGGAGUAGUUAGUUCGGAUUUGUGUUGCAGUUGUUUACAUUGAGGUCGUGCUUGUGCUGAGCCUUGAUUUUUCAAGUGAAUUUGGUGUGAUAUCUCAUUGACGUGCCGGCACAUCUGUGUGAAAAGGAUUAAAGGACUGGUUGAAGUGACUGAGAAGCUAAUGGCGGAUUUUUGAUACUGGGAAUGAAUGCGGGGACAUGGUGCAUGGACAGGAGCAUAGUUGCUGGUUCGUUCCCUUUCUGGAACAGUGCUACUGGAAACUAAUUUUUUGUUCAUUGGAAGAUACUGGUUUUUGGUACUGUCAGGCUUUAUGCAAUGUCGCGCUGCUUUCCAUUUCCUCCACCUGGAUAUGAAAAAAAGACUAGGACAGAUGAUGUUGACUUGCUGAAAAAGGAGAAACACAGAGAAAAGAAGCAUAAAAAGGAAAAGAAGGACAAAGAGAAGAGAGAGAGUAAAGAUAAAAGUGAAGGAAAGCAUCGGGAAAAGAAAGACAAGAAGGAAAAAAAGAAAGACAAAAAGAAGGAUAAGGAGAAAGAUAGGGACCUGGUUAAAGACAAAACAAGUACUUCAGACGAGAAGAGAGUUCCAGGAAAGACCGAGGGUCAUGGUGAAGAGAGAUACAUUCAGAAAGAGUACAAGGGCAACUGUAUUGACAAGAGAUAUACGGGGCAAAUUGGAGGUCAUCAGGCAGAGAAACUCAGUCAGUACUGUCAUCCGGCUGAGCAAAACCAGAAUUCUGUAUUGGUGGAGUUGGGUAGGAGGAGUAAAGAUGAGGCCAGGGCAAUCAGUAACCAUCUGGUUGGGAAGAUUACUGAAUCAGACCGAAAGAAGGAUGAGGGGAUGGUCAGAUUGCUGGCCGAGGGUACUGACAUUUUGGCCGAAGUUAAGGAAAAGAACAAGGACAGGAGAGUUGAUGACAGAAGGACAUAUGGGCAAGGAGUCAGGGGUGCAGCACAGAUUAGUGGGAACACGAUGGUUCAGAACCUUGUUGGUGUCGUUGAACCUAAAGUUGAAGGACUUUCCAGACCAUUGGCAAGCAACAUGGAUAGAGAUAUUGAUGGAAAAGAAAAGGCCAAAGAGAAGGAAGGUGAUGAUAAACGAGGAGAAAAACGCAAGGAAAAAGAUAGAGAGAAGAAAAAACAAGGGAGAGACAAGGACAAAGUUAAAGAGAAGAAAAAGGAAGCGAAAGCAAAGGAGAAAAAUGAAUCCAAGAAUGGAGAGCCAGACAAAGAGGAGAAAAAGGAAGAGAAAGCAAAGGAGAAAAAUGAAACUAAGAAUGCAAAGCCUGAUAAAUUAAGAAAGAGCGAUAAAGAGGAUCACAUAGAUUCCCAUAGUGUCAAAACCUCCCAACUUUCGAAGGACAGCAACAAAAGUGCUGGUGCUGAUGGAAAUCUGAAGAAAAGAAAGGACAUACAGACGAAUGGAAUUGUGCAUGCCAAUGAUAUUAGGCCCAGUAAACUGUUGAGACCUUCCUCUUCCUCUCAUUCAUUGCCUGUAAAUGGGAGAACACUGGAAUCUUGCCAAACUUCCAUCCCAUAUGUUUCAGAUACGCUGGGUGCUGCAAAUAACGUUAAGGUGGACAUUAAGGACUGCAAGAUAAAUGGCAUUGUUGAAGCUCCGUCAUUGGCUGUCUCCACUGCAAAGCCGACAUCUACAGCUACACAGGUUGUUCCUGUUGCUGAAGCAUGCAUGAGACCACCCCAUCCGGAUUCCAGAUAUCUAAGCCAUGUUUAUUUGGUUCCGAAGUUGGACGAAGUGCCGGAUCAUGACGAUCAAGAUUGGUUGUUUGGGUGCAGUGAUGCCCAAUCAAAGAAACCCAAGGCGGAAUCUUCAGGGUUUGAGGAGACACCUGAGGUAUGGUCAGAGGUUCUGCGGAUAGAGUCGGCUGAUAUUCAUGCCCUGCCGUAUGUCAUUCCAUAUUGAACAACUCAAAUGGGCACACUUCACCUCGUGACUCUGGUGUGGGCAAACCCUUGAUAGGACCACACUAGAGCAAAAGCUACAAAGGCUUCCGGGCACCUUAGACAGUUUUUGAGUUUUCUAGCUGCAUUCAUGUGAUCAAGCACUAGAGCAAAAGCUAGAAAGACGUCUCAAACACAAAUGUCGUCACACGUCACGGGGACACACUCAACACGUAAUGGCAUGCUUGGGGACCGGGCUCGCUAUUUGGAUUCAACGGGUGGUUUUCCCCAACGGCUAAUUCAUUCGAAACGGAAAGUUUCAUAAACGCGACCAAGUGAAAUGGUUUGCGUAGAAAGGGAGAUAGAUAUAUAUAAGGCUUGUGCAUUUUUUGUUGUCAUUUGGUUAGGAGCUGAGAAGCUCAUCCUAAUUGAGCAUUUGAGAAAACUAGAUGUGGUAUAUUUGCAACCCCACCUCAAUUUUGAUUUGUAACAUAGAACAGCUCCUAUUUUCAUAAAUUGUAAGAUAGUAGAAGGAAGGGGGAAAGUAGUUGCAUAAUUCGAUUGGCCUCUCAUUAUUGUUCUUCCCCAUUCAGUGUU